CUAUUCCCAAGUCGGCUCUCGGGCACCAGCAGCGGCCACCGCCGCCAUGUUGGGCUGAGGCGAUGACAGGAGGCGGCCGGGGCGUGUGGGAUUGAGAAGUGGAGGAGGAGGCGGAGAGUCAGGGCUCUGAGGGGGAGCUGUUCCCAAGCUAAGGGAGGAGCCCCCGGAAGACGCCGCGGAAGGCAGGCAGCGAGGCGGAGGCGGCCGGAGCCCAGACGCGAUGCGGCCCGACCGGCGCGGCUGCGCUGAGGCGCCCGCGGCCUGAGCCCCCCCGGCGCUGCGCUCGGUUCGGCUCGGCCCGGUUCGGCUCGGCUCGGCUCGGCGGCCGGCGAGGUCGAUGCCCUUGAGCGCGGCUGCGCGCAGCCCGGCUGUGCGGCCCCACGGCGCGCGCUGAGCUUCUCGGCGGCCCCGGCCGCUUUCAGCUCGGCGCUCGAUGUGUAGCCACAUAGUUAUCUGUACACUUCGUCGCCGGGGCUUUAAUGAGGACCUGAGUCGCGAGCGCGUGUGAAUCACCGCCUGGGCCGGGGAAAGAGGACGGCGCAUUUAACCCCCUCCCACCCCGCUCCAUGUCCGUGUGUCACUCGGCUCUGUCCACCUGGCGCGGCGGGUCCUGGAGCUGCUACUGCUGCUGAAGAUCGGCUCCCCUCGCGCCUCUCGCCCCAGAAGCUCUUGUGCUCCCACUUCCAGCACUUCUGCUCUUGCUUUUUGUUUUGUUUUCUGCGUAAACCUCUGGCCCACUCUCAAAAGGCAAGAUGUCCAGUCAUGUCCCGGCGGAUAUGAUUAAUUUGCGCCUCAUCUUGGUGAGUGGGAAGACAAAAGAGUUCCUCUUCUCCCCAAACGACUCUGCCUCUGACAUCGCAAAGCACGUGUAUGACAACUGGCCCAUGGACUGGGAAGAAGAGCAGGUCAGCAGCCCAAACAUUCUGCGACUCAUUUAUCAAGGCAGAUUUCUACAUGGAAAUGUCACCCUAGGAGCAUUAAAACUUCCUUUUGGCAAAACAACAGUGAUGCAUUUGGUGGCCAGAGAGACCCUGCCAGAGCCCAACUCACAAGGUCAGAGAAAUCGGGAGAAAACUGGUGAGAGCAACUGCUGUGUGAUCCUGUAGCGUCGCCCCCACAGGUGUGGCAGUUUGUUGGCACUGCGGGGACAGAGGAGACUCAGCAGCUUCCAACACCUGUAGGACAGUCGCCAGCACAUCCGUGGGACUGAAUCACUCAUGAACUCUGUCAUCUCCUCUCACAAAGUAAAAAGAACCAAGAACACUUUCAGUGUGGUCCUUUAUUCCUUAUAUCUGUGUGUGUGUUGAGCAGUCUGAAGUGCACAGUGGUCCCCAGGGGACGCAGCAAGUCUCUCUGCCAACACUGGUGGCCCUGCUGCCGCAGAGACUCCUCCCUCCGCAGAAGUCUGAAGGCAAGUGCUGCAAGUACAAUUUGCACUAAAACUAAUUAUUAUUUUCCUCAUCACAUAAUCUGCACAUGUCUGUGGCGCCCAGUUCUCCUGUGUGCAGUCCACCCUGGAGGACACCCAUCAUCGGUGGAGUUAAUCCCAGGCUGGUCAGCCAGGGGGAACAGGAAGGAAUCUUACAUGCUGGGUGACUUCUACCAAAGUCGGCCACAGUGGCUGUCCUCGCAGGAUAUCAAACUGGGCAAGACUGUUGUCACUGCAGCAAGUGAGAAGCCAUGCCUGCUGCUCCCAGCGCUCUGUAGAGGGUGCCCCUGCUGCCUGCCCACACCGAGGGGCGGCAGGAUGACCCAAGCCUUAAUGUGGAGGGGCCGUCACUGUGCAGAACUGGUGGGAAGCCUGAGUGGCAGGUAUCAGAAGAUCGGAAGCCUACGCCACUGUCACUCUUCGAACCGUGCCGGGUCGCACUCAUUCACUAGAGCAGAGGGAUCUUUUAUUAAAGUCUCCAGAUGCUAAUUUUGUUACUUUCUGUAGUUUGCAUUCGGAAUCAGUGCUUGCAAUUGUAUUAAAAUCACAAGCUGAGUUUUAAGGCAUACAUGAUCAAUAGCACCACUCUUAUUUUUACCAAUAAUUUAAAGAUUGAUAUGCUAUAAAUAAACAAUUUGCACAGCACUAAAGCAUGAGCUAAUUUCAUCUAAACCUGUAAAAAAAAAAAAAAAAGAUUUUAUAUUUUUUUUCACUGGGAAGAAAUCUUCCUGGAUGAAAUUACAAAUAUGUGUAGAUUAUAUUUAAUAAAAAAGACAUAAUAAAAUAUCUAACUGUAGAACACAAAUAUAGAUUGGCGUGUAGCAUUAUAGACCAGUAUUCCAUAUCAAUAACUUUAUCCAGCCUUCUGAAAGAUGAAGUUGCAGACUCCAUUGUGUUCUGUAUUUAACGAGGGCUCUUGGCCCUCUGCAGCAUCAAAUGUAAAUGGUCUCUAAGGUCAUCUUUGUUUAAAUGCAAUCAGGUUACUUUAUUCAUUGUUAAUGCUUUGAGGAAGAGGCUUUAUAUGCAGUAGAUCUACGAAAAUAUUGUUCAUACUGAUCAGAAUUAAAUUUGUAUAGAGCAGAGUUUUAAAAUGAAUGUAAAUAGCACUAAACCUUUUCUUUCUGCAGCCUGUCCUUAAUAGAUUUCUUCUGUAAACUAAAUAAAAAAAAAAAAAACUGUA